GAACGGGGAAGUCCUGGUGCCGCUGGCGCUGCAGUUACGGCCUGCAGUCUGCAGGGCAGCUCAGCGAGGGGUUGGUGGUCGCCGCCCGAGGAUGUGGUUUAAAUGAUGUCCUGCCCCAUCCCCACAGGCAGCGUAUCCCUGCAGCAUUCACCCAUCGGCAUGUCAUCCCUAGUGAGCUAACCGUGGGGAGGUGGGCAACGCACUACAGGCGGGGAAGUGGGCAGAGUGAGAAUUUAAUGGCAACCAACCACUCCUUCACAGGGUCAGAUGACACAGCAGAUGAAGCUGUCCGGUCCACAUGUGAUGAUGCAACAGUUUGUAAAAGGUUUGCAGUGAGUAUGAACUACUGGAAGGAUCCGUACAUACAGUACUUUACAAAGCAACCAAAUGAAAGGAAAGCUCCUGAAAUAAACAGAGGUUAUUAUGCCCGUGUAAAGGCAGUGAAUUUAUUGCUGGAUGCUUUUGUGAAGAAAACCAACUGUAAUUGUCAAGUUAUAAAUCUGGGCGCUGGUUUGGACACAACUUUUUGGAGACUCAAGGAUCAAAAUAUGCUUCCAAAAAAAUACUUUGAAGUUGACUUUCCAAUGAUUGUCAUGAGAAAAAUACACUUAAUUAAAACAAAGCCUCCAUUGUCAAAGCCAAUUAUAGAAACACAUUCAAGUAGUAGCCUGCUGAUAGAUGGUUCCAGCAUGAACUCUGAUCGCUAUGCCAUUAUUGGGCAAGACCUCCGUGACCUUCCCAUGCUGUUGGAAAGGUUGAAGAGAUUUGGUCUGGAUACAAAGUUGCCAACAUUGCUAAUGGCAGAAUGUGUUCUCGUGUACAUGACACCUGAGCAAUCUGCAGAAUUGAUAAAGUGGGCUUCAAGUACUUUCAGUACCACCAUGUUUAUUAAUUAUGAGCAGGUGAAUAUGACUGAUCGCUUUGGCCAGGUGAUGAUAGAAAACUUGCAGCGACGGCAGUGCAACCUUGCUGGAGUGGAUGUCUGUCAUACUUUGGAGACACAGAAGGACCGGUUUCUUUUGAAUGGCUGGAAUAAUGCGAAUGCCUUGGACAUGAUGACUGUAUAUAAUAGCUUACCACAAACAGAUGUUCAGAGGAUAGAGCAACUGGAAUUCUUGGAUGAGAAGGAACUUUUACAGCAGCUGCUACAGCAUUAUUGCAUCUGCUGGGCCACGAAAGAUAGUGAAAAUUUUGGUAUUGGUGACAUUAUAUUUGGGAGCAUUUGAUUUCCAUUGACAAGCUACUUCAAGCCUGAAAUGACAAAUCCUGCAAUCAGUGUGCAUGAAAAAGGAAAUCUACUAAAGCUGUAAUAGGACAGUGCCUUUGUGAUUAAGUGUUUGUUGAUGUGUAAAGCAACGGAAAAGGCUGAUAUUACAUCAUUUUGUGAACACAGCCUAUGAUGUAUGUCAGAUUAACAAGCUAUUGUUUUGUAUUAAAAAUACUGAUCUGUUUUAAUUUGUGACAUCCAACAAAAUUCUGAGUUGCAAUUGAAAUGCUUAAAGUAUCAGGUUUGCUAGUAUCAUCAAUAAUUUGUCUUUAAAAGCAUCAAUUCACAAAGACAGUAUGCCACAAAUGCAGUAGCUGUUAAUGAACAUUUCUGCAUAGUAUUGUUAUUGAUCAUUUGAAUGAAAUUUUAUUUGGGAUGCAUCUGAACUGAGUGUAUGAAUUGGUGAGCUGAUGUGAUUGAUUAACACUGGUAAUAGCCUGGACCUUUCUGUUGACAUUAGCAGGCUCUGCCCACAGAAUUGAGAGCCAGCCUUAGGCUCCCUGGCAGUUGCUUGACCCAUCAAUAAAACUGAAUAUUGGUGAAUAUUUCUAACGUUCACGAAUGUUCAGACUAUUAAAAAAUGACAGAACACUUUUAAAACAAAAUUAUGUGAAACAAUCCACAUAAAAACACUGGAAAAACAAUUAUUACAUUGAUUUAAGUUUUAAAAUUAGAAUGAAAGGAAAUUACUUUGCACUCACCAGACUCCCCAAAGAGGUUAUGCUUCUUCAAAUUCAUGUGCCUGAUUACCCAGCCUAAGCUCUAGGAAUGUUGGAAGUUUUCACUCCCUGUAUAGUUGUCCAGAGGAGCAAUUAGCUGAGCAGAAUUUCAGGAUGUCACGUCCCCACAGUUGCCCGAGUAAAAGCCACCCUAGUGUCAGCUUUUUAGUAAAUUAAGUUGCUUUUGUUAUUGUCUACUAUGUACUCCACAAAUCCUAAAUUGCCCAUCCCAGGUCAUAUUUAUUACAUUAGUUUGAUCAAUUCAUCACUAGUUCAUCACGUACAGUGAUUAGUCAGUUGGCAUUAAUUAUGGCUUAAUCACCAGUGCACUCAUCUCAGAGUCAGAGUAUCCCAGGUUCAGGACCCACUCCAGCAACUUGAGUACUGAAAGUCUGGAUAAUGCUUCAGUACUGAGGGGGUGCUGUAUGGCUGGGAGUUUUUUGCGAUAUAGAGAUUUCCUUUGUUGUCAUGGAUACAUGUAAAUGACCCCAUGAUACUGUUUCAAAGGAGGGAAGAGGUAUUACUACUGGUUCUUGGUCAAAUUGGUGUUCAUUAGCACAUGGUUGUGAAGUCUUGCUGUGCAAUAAUUAGGCAGCUGCAUUUUUUACAUCUCAGCAGUGACUGCACUUCAGAGGUGUAAAGUGCUUUGGAGUAUAUUGGAAGGGACGUGUAAGGUGCUAUAUAAAUCUGUUUCAAAUAGUGCUAAUUAUAAAGUAUACUAUUGGAAGCUUAUUGAAAUUAAAAUUCACAAGCCUUGAAAUUCAACCACUUAGAAAUGUGUUCUUUCAAUAUACCUGAUUAAAUAUUAACCUUGCCCAGAGUGAAAUGUCAUAAUAAUGGGUUAUGAUGUAUUUUUCAGAAAUUUGAUUGGGCAUUUCCAGCACAUAACCCUUGUGUGCAUGAUGUAAAGCAUUUCGAAAGAACCAAGAUGGUCCUAGGACAGCCAUAGUUUAUGUAGUGUUGAAUUGAGGGUCCUGUAAGGCCCUUAUUUACCUAAUCUCACUCCUGACCCUCCUAAUCCCGAGGCCCCAACCAUUCCCUUCCCCCAACACCACCACCUCAUCCAACCAUUCUUCUCCAGUCCACCAAUGACCCAAUGUUGCCCCCAAUGGAAGCCCUGACAUCCACCCUUUCCCCACUCCCCCAGACCUCUUACCUGACUGUCUCUCCAAUUCUAGAGCUGUUCCUUGCUGAAGACCACCCCUGCCUUUUGCAGACCUCAAUUGUCGACAUUCAGCCACCUGCACUUUUUUUGGCACACCCUCUUCCCUCAGCACACACCAUCCACAAUGAUUUCCUGGCCCUGGUCCGUUGCAGAAAUGCACAACAUCCCUUCAGUUGUGCCUGGUGAAAUCUACAACAGGUGUCCAGUUCCUAAUCGAGCUUUAGUAGCCCACUGUGAAGCCCAUUUGGUGCAUAAAAAUUUGUAGCUAGGGUAUUUAAAGAGGUAUGACAGCAUAGUCAGAAAGUUGGUUAAAGAAUGAAGAUGUAAUGUCCAUUGCAUAUUUUGGCAGUGGGAGUGUUAAUCGUGUUGUGCCCCAGGUGUCAGUGUUUGGCUAUGUUCUCAGUUGAUCAGCUGGGGGAUGGAAGGUACAAGCUGGUGAACUGCCACAGGAUAUUCAUGGCAAGUGGGCAGCUGGUGGUUAAUGUUAUUGAGUUGAGCUGGAACUGGACCUCUACCUCUUUGUUGUUUCACUGGAUAAAUAUAGCCUUCUAGAAAAAGAGAUGAGGUCGGAAGUCGGCCAGAACCAUUAACAUACGUAAUUUACAGAAUUUUUUGAGUAAUUUCUAAGGUAUAUUAAG